AUGUCCGCACCACCACCUCCGCAGCAGCAACCAUCUGCGCAACAGCCACAACCCACGCAAAACCACACACCACAGCAUGCUCAGCACCAGCAGUCCCCGACGGGGAUGAGUCAACAAGGAGGCUCGGGUACGAGCUUCCGGAGACAACGCGCUUCACGAGCUUGCGAGACAUGCCAUGCGCGAAAGGUCCGCUGCGAUGCGGCCAGCCUCGGUGUGCCAUGCACAAACUGCGUCGCCUUCAGCAUCGAAUGCAAGAUCCCGUCUCCCAAGCGCAAGAAGACGUCUUCCAAGCAAAAGGAUUCAAACAGGUACGCCGACCACCUGCCUCUGGAAGACGCCCCUAACUUUGGCAGUGAUCGCGAAGACAGCAGCAGCAUCGUCCAGCCCUCGCCCGCUACCGUCGAAACUCCCGCACGCUCCGAUGUCAUCAGUCAGGCCCCUAUGCAGAUGCCUCAACUGCCCCCUCGGAACGGCGUCGACUACGCUGCUGCAAGUGGCAUGCCCCCUACCACACUCUCGGAGAAAUACCAGGAACAACAGCAAAUACAUGAUGCGACUUGGAGCCAGUAUAUGAAGCCCAAGUUCGCUCGUGCCCCCAUCAAAGAAGCCGGUCGUGUUGCAUACCUGGGCGAGUCGUCGAAUCUCUCCUUGCUCGUACACGACAAGCACGGCAACUCGGACGUUGUACAUUACCCACUGCCUGAGAACGUGCGUGGUGCUCGCGCUCGUAUGAACGAACUCGACGAGCUGGAACUACGUAUCUUGCACGAGAGAGGUGCCUUUCUGCUGCCUCCGCGACAACUUUGCGACGAGCUGGUUGACGCUUUCUUUACUUGGAUCGCUCCUGUCGUGCCCGUCAUUGAUCGCAACAAGUUCAUGCGACGCUACCGAGACCCCAAAAAUCCUCCUUCAUUGCUUCUUCUGCAAGCCAUCCUCCUCGCCGGAUCACGCGUCUGCACAAACACUCAACUCAUGGAUGCCAAUGGAUCUACAACCCCGGCCGCCAUGACGUUUUACAAACGAGCAAAGGCUCUCUACGAUGCCAACUACGAAGACGAUCGCGUCACCAUUGUCCAAGCCGUCAUCCUGAUGGGCUGGUAUUGGGAGGGCCCAGAGGGUAAGAUGAGAGAAAUAGGCGAGGUCCCUCGUGAGUGUCAAUCUGACAUUGCUUCAGAUGUAACAAAAAACGUGUUUUACUGGAGCAGAGUUGCCGUCGUAAUCGCUCAAGGUUCUGGAAUGCAUCGAAGUGUCGAGAAGUCUCAACUCAGUCAACAGGACAAACGCCUGUGGAAACGCAUCUGGUGGACCCUCUUCACUCGCGACCGUUCCGUCGCAGUUGCUCUCGGUCGUCCUUGCGGCAUCAACAUUGAAGACUCCGACGUUGAAAUGAUAUGCGAAGACGACUUUAUCGAAGAUGAAGCCGAGCAGUCCGCUGAGUAUCCCCCGGAUCCGAUCCAUAUUCAGUUCUUCUUGAACUAUGUCAAGCUGUGCGAGAUUAUGGGGCUGGUCCUAUCUCAAAACUACUCGGUCGCAUCACAAAGGCGUGGUCGAAACAACGCAAUUGAUCUUACCCACUGCGACAUGGCCCUGGCCGACUGGCUUCAGAAUUGUCCCAAGGAGGUCUACUGGGAGAAGAACCGGCAUCACUUCUGGUCUGCUCUUCUCCACUCAAAUUAUUACACCACACUCUGUUUACUUCAUCGCGCUCACAUGCCCCCUGCUGGAGCGUCGCCAGAGAUGAAUCGUUCAAAUAGCCUACCAGAAGAAUUGGCGUAUCCAUCAAAGAACAUCGCAUACCAGGCAGCCGGUAUGAUUACUUCCAUAGUCGAGGCCUUGACUAACCACAACGAACUCCGCUUUACCCCCGCCUUCAUCGUUUAUUCUCUCUUCUCUGCGCUCAUCAUGCACGUUUACCAAAUGCGCUCGUCGAAUCAAUCGAUUGUGCAUACUACCCAACAACGCUUGACGACCUGUAUGAACGCGCUCAAGGAUGUGUCCCGAGUCUGGCUUGUGGCUAAGAUGGUACACACGCUCUUUGACUCAAUUCUGGGCAACAAGGUUCUGGAAGAGAGACUACAAAAGGCUGCAGGCAAGCGUCACGCAAAGCCAAAAAACAUGCACCCUAUGAAAAAUCCAUUAUCGCGCAGCAACAGUGACCAACAGAAGCGCAAAUUCGACGAGAUGGAGUUUGGCUACCACGGAGGCCCACCCGCUGCUCAGAUGUCAUACGAACGCUCGAGACCGCAAUCUCCCGUCAACCCAGCGCGCGAUCCUCCACCCAUGUCAGGGCUCGGCAACAACGCAAGCCCCUCUCUUCGUCAAGACGCCUUCAUGGGUACAUCUCGUACUAACACUCGUCCUACCACGCCGUUCAACACCUACUCAUACCCUGGUACACCUCCAGAUCUCUUCCUUCACACUCGCACAUCCCCAAACAUUUCGCAGGAUCUUUGGCAGAAUUACCAACCAGAUCAGCUCUUCCCACCAGAUACUUCCGGUAUCUUCCCUACAGAAAGCCCUGUGCAACAAUCGACUAUGGUAGACCCUGCCCUACGAGCGUCAGCGGGAGCACCGCCACAGCAAUCUUACAACAACUCUGGCCAACCUCCACCUCACUAUCAACAACCAGGAGCACCUGGCAUGAUGAAUGCACCAUCUCAACAGCAGCAGUAUGCGGCACAACAGCAAGCGCAACACCUACAGAAUCCAUACGGCCAGAUGCAGGAUAAUGGCGAUCAUCAGCAACAUCAAAGAGGAAGCGUCGAUGAAACUUGGAGCAACAACAGUGGUUCUACUGGAGGAGGGCCUAUUGUGCCGACCACCUUGAAUGUUGGCGACUGGUUCGAGUUCUUUGGUAUUCCUAACGGAGACAUUUCGGCAUUGCAUGCGCAACAAUACUGA